CUAUUCAACGCCGUUACACGGGAGGCCACAGGUCUGCCGCUUCUACGGAUACCGCACGAGUGGUGCUUGUAGUGGUGCAUGGCAACGUGCUGCCCAUGGGCCGUCAUCGGGUGUUCAUCACUCGGGCGCAGGUGACGUGGCAAUACUACGAGGCGCUCAACGCGCUGGGCAUGCGGCUGCUGCGGCUGCUGGCGCUGUCUCUGGACCUGCCCGCCGAGCACUUCACGCCCAUGUUCACGGCGCCGCUGGUCACGCUGCGGCCGCUGCACUACGGUAUGCGGCGGAGGUGUCGGACCCGGGAGCCGGCGUGUUCGGGGCGGGCGCCCACACCGAUUAUGGCAUGUUGACGAUUCUGGCCACUGACGAUGUGCCCGGCGGACUGCAGGUAGGUUAGGGACACGGUCGCCGAGACACAUGUCGGUUCACGUGUCACACACCGCACGUGGGGCAUUUUGCAGUGUUCGAUGGCUCGGCCCGGCCUGUCGCCAACACGCUGCGCCGACAUCCACGUUGCAGACAUCCACAACGUACCGCACACGCCUCCCCCAUAUGCCCACUUACGAGAUCACUGCCUCUCCACCGCGUAAUAGUGUAUGGCUGAUUGGCUGCUGAUGGGUUUGAACCGCCGAGUCGCGGAUGCAAGCGCAAAGCUUGGCGGCGGUGUGGCUCAGUCAGUUGCUGUUGUGGAUGUGCUGCCUUGAUUGAGAUGUUCUGAUGCGCGGGGCCCAUGCUACCGGAGCACAGGACACACAUUGACACUCCACAAUGUUUGGGUUGCAAGGACGCAGUGCAUUCCGCGGCCAGCGGGGUUGGCAAAGAGCGGGUGGCACAGCAGCGCCACGGGGGGCUGGUUAUCGAUACCUGGGAGGCUGGUGCAGGUAUACUAGUCAAUCGCAUAGGCUCGGUACAUCGUCCAUGACUCAGGAUGACUCCAGGUGGUCAGAUGUUUGACAAACCCUGAAGAACGAAUGCCG